CACAACGCUGAACUUCAUGUCUAUCCCUAUACAACACCAGCUUGAAAAAGCAGCAAAUACAGGAGGUGGUAAAGCAGACAACCAGUGAGAUAUCUGGUAGAGAAGCAAGUGAAGUGGGCAGGAAUAUCCAAGAAAGAGCCUGAUCGGUGUCGGAGUUAUCAGGUAAUGGGUCCUUUUGAGUGGCGACAGUGGACUGAAUUUUGAAGAACCAAUUCAGAUAAAGAAAGUUGAAGACAGACUUCACAAAGGUCAUAGUUGAAGUCACUUUAUUCUUCUCAUGAAGAUGGUUGCCACAUUUGGGCAAUGUGAUAACAUACCAGAAAUGCAGAAAUCAUGAUUUUGGUUUCUUUUUUCUCUUUCCCCUCCAAGCCAUUGAUAAUGGCCCUUAGCAAUUCCAGCUGGAGGCCACCCCGGCCUUCUUUUUUCCUGGUAGGGAUUCCGGGUUUAGAGGAAAGCCAGCACUGGAUCGCACUGCCCAUGGGCAUCCUUUACCUCCUUGCUCUAGUGGGCAAUGUUACCAUUCUCUUCAUCAUCUGGAUGGACUCCUCCUUGCACCAACCUAUGUACCUCUUCCUGUCCAUGCUAGCUGCCAUCGACCUGGUUCUGGCCUCCUCCACUGCACCCAAAGCCCUUGCAGUGCUCCUGGUUCACGCCCAUGAGAUUGGGUACACUGUCUGCCUGAUUCAGAUGUUCUUUAUCCAUGCAUUCUCCUCCAUGGAGUCGGGGGUACUUGUGGCCAUGGCCCUGGAUCGCUAUGUAGCCAUUUGUCACCCCUUGCACCAUUCCACGAUCCUGCAUCCAGGUGUCAUAGGACGCAUUGGAAUGGCAGUGCUGGUGCGGGGAAUUCUACUCCUCAUCCCCUUCCCCAUUCUGUUGCGAAAACUUAUCUUCUGCCAGGCCACCGUCAUAGGCCAUGCCUAUUGUGAACAUAUGGCUGUUGUGAAACUUGCCUGCUCAGCAACCACGGUGAACCGAGCUUAUGGACUGACUGUGGCCUUGCUUGUGAUUGGGCUGGAUGUCCUGGCCAUUGGUGUUUCCUAUGCCUACAUCCUCCAGGCAGUGCUGAAGGUACCAGGGAGUGAGGCCCGACUUAAGGCCUUUGGCACAUGUGGAUCUCAUGUUUGUGUGAUUCUCAUCUUCUAUGUCCCCGGAAUUUUCUCCUUCCUCACUCACCGCUUUGGCCACCAUGUACCCCAUCAUGUUCAUGUUCUUCUGGCCACACUGUAUCUCCUUGUGCCACCUGCACUCAAUCCUCUUGUCUAUGGGGUGAAGACUCAGCAGAUCCGCCAGCGAGUGCUCGGGGUGUUUACCCAAAAGAAUUGAUCUGAACAUAUUCUCAUAGUUUUCUUCAGAGGCGCCUUCUGGAGACACACGUCGAGGAGCCUAUGACUGGUGUAGAUACAUGAAUAUAGACUAUUUUGCAGUGAGCAGUCCUUCUAAUCUUACUAGUGCCAUACUAAAGAACACCCACAGAUACUUGGCUUAUUGGGAUGUACCUGGAUACCUGGAUUUGUGACUAUUUUUGCCAUUUUUUCUUUUGCUCUUGAUUUCAACAUUUCUCUACUUCCUGUGUCAGUAGGACUUGGGGAUAGGAGAAACAGGUGAUAGUUCUGGAUGUGUCAUCUUUUUUGCCUUUGUCCAUUGAUAGGCCGUGCAACAUUGUAAUUGUAAAGUCCCACUUUUUGGUUGGUUUUAGGUUUAGAGUGUCUUCAAAACCUCUAAGUUAGUGCUGGGAGCCCCAGAUCAUUGGCUUCUGUGUACCAAUAGGGUCUCUUCAAAGCAGCUGAGAACGCCAGUGUAAGAAAACAUCAUUUACUGCAGUAUGGGUAUUACUUAUUUAAAACAAAUGUAAGUGGAGAAGUGGCUGUAAUCGUUUCUAGUAAUAAUGAAAUGUAAUUUCUGUUUUCAAGGAAGAAAUAUAUAUAUGUGUUUAGUAAAUUUGUUUUGAAAGGUAUCUCUUUGUGUUUUUAAUUUGUUUACAUUUGUGCUUAGGAUAAAGAAGGAGUAAUACCAAGUACUGUGUAUAUGUUUGUUUUAUAAAUAUUCAUUAAAAAAACAAAAGUAACCGUAUGAUGCAAUUUGAUUUGAAAAGUAGACUCCAAGCACAAUUAUCCAGCCAUCUGAUGGCUGUUGCAAAAUCUCAUAAAUGAAACCUUAGUGGAAUAUAAAAUGCAGAAUAGUGAAUAGUUGUUUUCCAUGUAUCUCUCUAAAAAUCAGGUCACAAGCUCUUAUGCAGGUUAGGCUAUGGCAUUUAAUACAAAAAAGAGAGUUUACUACCAUCCUUACAUACCCAUGAGGCAGGUAGUGAAACAUAUUAGAACAUGGUUUGUACUUUGGAAACACAAUAACCACGUCCAUUGCAUUCAUUGCUCCCAUCAGUUUCUGCCCAAUUGUGUUAGUGACCCUUCUUCCCAUAUGGAAAACCAAGCAAAGGAGAGAAGAAACCAGAGAGA